AUGAACAGUAUCAACGGCAACCAUAGCGCUGCAGUAGCUCCGGCGGCGCCUCCACCGUUGACAGCGGAGGCAGCGGUGUUGCUCCAGGAAGGCAUUAAUUUACUGUUUUCGCGAUGGACGGCCCUUCAAAUGGCAGUUCUGAAUGAGUGGGGUGGACCUCAUUCCCGUGUUAAAUCUCAGAAACUUGCCGUUGAUAUUUUCUCCCUCUUGACACAAUCCAAAGAGAAAGUAUACAUUGAUGAUGUGGAGGAUUUUCUUUAUAAUGCCAUGGAAGAAGAGUUUGCCACUGAGAUUUCUGACGGAAGUAUAGAGGAGAUAGCUGAAAACCUGAUGCUUAUGCAUGAAGGAUGCUUGGAGGGAGAUUUUAGUUUAAUACAAAAGCUAAAGACAGCAGAACCACCCAAGAAUGCUGUCCACCAUAUUCCAAAGGCUAGUAGCGAUAGUGAUGAUGACAGCUACGAGGAUGAUGGUGGUAACGGGAAUUUGGAUGGUACGUCAAUGAUGGCGGUAGAUGUUCCACAGUCCCAUUCUAGUGCCGAUAAAGCUGGAACAAUGACUAAUGAGUCUAGACCUCAAUCAGCCGAAGCUGAAGAUGGCUGGACUGUAGUCUCAACUAAGCGCGGCAAAGGUAGAAGGCACUAA